AUGAGCUCUUAUUUAAUUGUUUACGGGGCCGAGACAAUUACCCGAGUACUUUUCAGCCAUUUAUCUCCUUUUUCCAUCAAAUAUGGAACCUUGAUUGUGCCUCUGACACAUCCUAUAUCAACAAUCGUAUUCACUCACUGCAUGGUUACUGUAAAUAUGGCCACAAUCGACAAGCCCGAGUACACUAGCCCCUGCAGUUCGAGGUAUAUCUGCUUGGCUAUCCGUGGCAAUCGUAAGCCAAGCAUCAACGAGGAAGGCUACCGCAACCAUAUGGUCAACAAUUCGGUACCAAUGACCAAGGAUCUCAUGGUUCAAUACGGCGUCAAGUGA